GAAUUUCAUAGCACAGGGACCCGGAGUGCCAUAGAAGGUAAUUAUAGAGACAGUGGCGUGUUUUUAUGCCAGGAAAAAUAAAAUACUUGGUGUCUCGUGCAAUUUCAGAGCCUGAUUUCAAAAGGAUCAUAACAAGGAGUAAAUAAAAUGCAGCUUGGUAGACUGCUCCUCGGGAUAUAUUUGUAAAUGGUAUGUUUCUACAUCACUGCACCAACAUGAGAAAAACAGGAUCAAAGCUGAUUUGAACCCUGAAAAAAUGAGCAGGCAUAUCUGUUGGAUUUGUAAGCUAUGCAGACAUGAAUCUAAGAGACUCCCUUCAAACCUUACUUUGGAUGAAGUUUUAAAAUGGGCCCAAUCUUUGGAAAGUCUGAUGGCUACAAAAUAUGGCCCAGUAGUGUACACAGCAUAUUUAAAAUUGGAGCACAGUGAUGAGAACAUUAAAUUCUGGAUGGCAUGUGAAACCUACAAGAAAAUUGCUUCACGGAGGGGCAGAAUUUCUAGAGCAAAAAAGCUUUACAAUCUCUACAUCCAGCCACAGUCUCCUAGAGAGAUCAACAUCGACAGUACAACACGGGAAGCUAUCAUCAAAAGCAUUCGAGAACCCACUCAAACGUGCUUUGAAGAGGCCCAAAAGAUCGUAUAUAUGCAUAUGGAAAUGGAUUCUUAUCCCAGAUUUUUAAAGUCAGAGAUGUACCAAAAACUAUUGAAAACUGUUCAAUCUAAAAGCUGUUGAUUACUACCCAGAAGUUUAAACUGAAGAUGGCAUGUUGCAAGUGCCAGCUUUAUUUAGAAAAAAGACAUGAAAUGAAAAUGAAGGUAGAAAUGAAACAGAAACCAAGCUAUAAGUUGAUCUCUAGCUCCCAAGGGAAAUUCAUUCCAAACCUGAAGAGCUCCCAGAUUCUAUAACACAAUUUACAGCAUACGUACAGAGAGGAAUUAACAGAGAAGAAAAAGGCGCUUCCUUUAUCAUAUAAACACUAUAAUAUUUUUAUUAUACUAGGCAACUAAUGGUAUUUUUCAUUAAAGAAAUUUGGCUGUCGUAGCACAAAUAACUGAUUUCAAAACCAUUGUUCUGUGAAUUUUGUUUCUAUGUAUUCUAUAGAUAUGCUCAGAAUAUCUUGAAUUAGUAUAUAAACAUAUUAGUCAUAAUAUAAUCGGUUGAAUUUUAAAAUAAGCAGUAUUGAAAAUAUAUUAAGAGGGAAUUUAGCUGUUAAAUUUUCCCUGUAGCACGCCCAUGAUUAAACUUAGAAGGGCAACUGACUUAUAUGUUGUACGUCUUCUACAGGUUAAAUCUUCGGGAUAAUUGUAAGCUUUUACUAUGUUUGGCUCUUUUUUUCAUUUGUAUUUUACAUUUAAAAUGUCAUUGGGCUAUAAAAUUGGUCUUUUAUUUGAAAUUAACUUCUUUAAAAUAUGAACCCAGCAUAGUGUUGAAAAUCAAUAAUAAAAACUAAAACUUGAGUGCAUGUUUUUCAAAGACACUUAAUUGUAACUUACAAUGAACAUCUCAAAGAGCCUAAAGUUUGCAAAAGUGAGAAAUUAGAAUAAAGCGUGUUAACUUG